UGACAAAUAAUUAUUUACAAUUUGGACCAUAAAUUAAAAUAGAAUCGAAAUGUAGGAUUUUAGAUUAAGAAAUUUUAUUAUAGUUAAAGGAAAAAAAAAAAAAGCAUGCCUUAAAAGCAAAAAAAUAGCAGAGACAAUCGACACUUGGCGCACCCAGCAAGCCCUAAACACGCGAAGAAGAAGGAACCAAAAAAACGCACACAAAGUAGCCACCAAUAUCACAUAUUAUUUGUUUUUAUAUAUAAAGAAAAGAGAAUGGGGACUAAUCUCAACUUCAAGAACUUCAACACCAACGAUCCGUCGUCGGACGGAAGUGGAAACCGGCCGCCGGUGAACUUACCGUUGACUAGACAAACGUCGAUCUAUUCAUUAACAUUUGAUGAGUUUCAAAGCAGUAUGGGAGGAAUAGGAAAGGAUUUUGGGUCAAUGAACAUGGAUGAGCUGCUUAAAAACAUAUGGACUGCAGAGGAGACACAUAAUAUGGUAGCAUCGUGUAGUGGAACCCAAGGCCAAGAGGGAUUGCAGCGGCAGGGGUCUUUAACCCUGCCACGAACAUUGAGCCAGAAGACGGUUGACGAGGUGUGGAAAGACAUAUCAAAGGAGUACGGAAAUGGAAAUGCAAAUGGAGGCGUAGUAACGAAUUUACCCCAAAGGCAGCAGACUUUGGGGGAAAUGACAUUAGAGGAAUUUUUGGUGAGAGCUGGUGUUGUAAGAGAAGAUGCUCAAUUAGCUGCCAAGGUUAAUACUAAUGGUGGUUUCUUUGGUGAUUUCUCAAGGUCAGGGAAUAAUGCUUCUUUAGGAAUUGGGUUUCAGCAAAAUAGAGUUUUGGGAUUGAAUAUUAAUAAUGGUAAUAAUAAUAAUAGUAAUACCAAUCAGAUUUCUUUGCAAUCGUCGAAUUUGCCGUUGAAUGUUAAUGGGGUAAGAUCAAAUCAGGCAAAUAUACAGCAGCAGCAGCAGCAGCAGCGACAACAACAGCAGCAGCAAAUAUUCCCAAAGCAGCCUAAUUUGGGAUAUGUGACACAGGUGCCUUUGCAAAAUAGUCCUGGAAUUAGGGGUGGAAUAAUGGGGAUUGGGGAUCAGGGGAUUAAUGGUGGUCUGAUGCAGGGUGGAGGGAUGGGAAUGAUUGGAUUAGGAGGUGUUGCAACAGGAUCACCUGCAAACCAGCUGUCCUCUGAUGGGAUUACAAAGAGUAAUGGUGAUACAUCUUCAGUGUCACCAGUUCCUUAUGUAUUUAAUGGAGGUUUGAGAGGGAGGAGAGCUGGUGGUGCUGUGGAGAAGGUGGUUGAGAGGAGGCAGAGAAGAAUGAUCAAGAACCGGGAGUCGGCUGCAAGAUCACGGGCUCGCAAGCAGGCUUAUACUAUGGAGUUGGAAGCAGAAGUUGCAAAGUUAAAAGAGGAGAAUCAAGAACUGCGAAAGAAACAGGCAGAAAUAAUGGAGAUGCAGAAAAAUCAGGUGAUGGAGAUGAUGAAUCAGCAGCAGGGAAAGAGGCGGUGCUUGAGGAGGACUCAGACAGGUCCAUGGUAAAAGUGCAAGGACCGGGCUGUGAUUAUACAGUUAUAAAAGUAUGUACAGUAGUUGGCUGUGCCUGUACAUAUUUGAGCAACGUGGUUACUUGGGUAGAUUAAGAUGAGCCGAGUUUUGCGGUUGAGGAGAGGAGACUUUCUUAAUUGAUGUAGAUGAUAUCUUCCAAUAUCAGUCAGCUAUUGGUUUCUCUUUUUGAACUUGGUGGUUAGGUAUACAACUGUGGAAGGGAAUAAAAGUAUUUUCUGUUGUAAUUUUUUAUACGUUCAAUAGCACGUCCACUUCCCUACCAUAUUUAGUCGAAUCUAAGAUGGCUUUUGCUUGAAA